AGUGGAGAGAGAUUGUUGUUGAAGUUUAAGCACGGCAUCUUCCUUUCUGAAACAGACCGUACGAGAAUGAACUUUUGAAUGGGAUUUCUAAACAAGCGUACUAUCCAAUUUCUACUAUGUUUCGGUGCAGCGAUCCUCUUCCCAACAGUCAUCGGCAGCCACGUUUUAGACCACUUUCCGCUGUUGAGAUCGUGCUGCGAAAUCGUGAAUCCCACGACGAAGACCACGAAAGCGAGUCGAUUCACGUUCCGAUGGAGGAGGUCCUGUAGCUCAAGCCACUUCACAUACGACACCGCGCAGCGCUGCUUUCUGACCGAGGAGCGGUGCGAGUUUUAUCGACAGCAGUAUUUCCCGACCAGUCGGAACCGCUGCUACACCUGUUUUGAAGGCUACGCACGGUGUGACAUGAAGGUGAUGCAUUUUGAGGAAUGA